AUGGGACUGUUUAGAUGGCCGUAUCCGGCGGAGUCUGUGGAAGGUUACUGGGGAGGUGUGACGUCGACGAUCGACUGGUGUGAGGAGAACUAUGUGGUGUCGAAAUACAUUGCUGAGUGGUCUAACACUAUCACAAACGGUACGUUUGUGAUCACGGCUCUGUAUUCUACGUGGUGCGCGUACCGCAGCCGGUUGGAGUUUAGGUUUAUACUGAUCGGAGUCGGGUUUGCCCUGGUCGGAGUGGGUUCGUGGUUGUUCCACAUGACGCUGCAGUACCACUACCAGCUGUUGGACGAGCUGCCCAUGAUCUAUGCGACCUGCAUCCCGACAUGGAGUAUUCUGUGCGAGACGCAGGACACGCUGACAAAGAACGGCGCAAGCAGUCCUCUUUCGAGACAGUUUUCCGUCGGGAUCAUCAUAUCCGUCGUGGUGACACUGUUGAGCUGGGUCUACCUGGUUUUCAAGAUCCCAGAGAUCCACCAGACCGUUUACGGGUUCAUCACGGUCUCGGUGGUGGUGAUGUCGGGGAUCCUGACGCACAAGUUUGUGUCGGACGCCGUUGCCAAGAAAAGCUUGUACCAAUGCAUGAGCAUCGGGAUUGUCACCUUCCUGCUCGGGUUCCUGUCGUGGAACCUGGACAACGUUUUUUGCUCGUAUUGGAUCCACAUCAGACGGAAUUUUCUCCAGCUGCCCCUCGGGGUGCUGCUGGAGCUUCACGCCUGGUGGCACAUUUUGACUGGCACUGGUAUCUACUACUACAUCGUGUACCUGCAGUAUCUGAGGGUACUGACGCAAGGUAGAGGCCGGGAGUAUGCCAUGAUCUGGAGAUGGGGGUUUUUAGCUGAGCUGGUCAGAAAAGACGCCCAGAUUACUACUAAAUAUUCACUUUCCCUGUUUGGUCCUCUCGUGGAACAGAGCUCGACCGAGAGUCGCAAAAAUAGGUAG